CGCCCUGUCUCACUUCUCCACCUGCACACACCAACAGAGGCAACAGAGGCAGUAGAACCGAGCUUCGCCUUCAGUUAAUCACGGGCUGUUUGUGAAAGCAGAAGCUCCUGCGCUGUGCAGGUGGAUGUCGGCCUGUCGGCCCGGGGCCCCCGUUCGCCAUGGCAGCGGCUCUGCCGGAUUGUUACCACGGCCCGAUGACCAAGAGGGAGUGUGAGGAGGUUCUGGGGAGGAAGAACAAGGACGGAGCGUACCUGAUCCGAGAGAGCGAGUCCAUCCAGGGAGCGCUGUGUCUCUGCGUCUACAAACAGAAGGUGGUUUAUACCUACAGAAUCCUCCAGGCGCACAACGGAAACUACACCCUGCUGACAGCAGGAGGUUUGCAGGAAACAUUUUAAGACUCUGGGCGAUUUAAUCCGUAAUU